AUGCAACGUUUGUUAGCACCAUCCUCAAAACUCGCACACACAACAAGAUGUAUAGCAAAUCCAACCCUACUUUGCCCAAACCCAUGUGAUAUUUUCAUCAAUCAUCGUGGGAUCGAUACCAAGAAGAGUAUUUCAGGCCUACUAUAUGAUCAUUUCACUAGCCUACGAUUGAAUACUUUCUUGGAUAGUAAGAGUUUAAAGCCUGGGGACAAGAUUUUCGUGGAGAUCGAUGCGGCGAUCAAAACUUGCGAGGUUGGUAUUGCGGUUUUCUCUCCUCGUUACUGCGAUUCUUACUUCUGUCUCCAUGAACUUACAUUGCUCAUGGAGAACAAGAAAAGAGUCAUCCCUAUAUUUUGGGAUGUCAAGCCAUCGGAACUCUGCGUUAAAGACGACGGGACACGUCCGGCUUCUGAGAUCCGGAGGUUUCAAUUGGCUCUUAAGGAAGCAAGAUAUACCGUAGGGCUCACGUUUGAUACAUCUACUGGAGACUGGUCAAAGCUCUUGGCCAUGGCAUCGGAUGCAGUCAUGAAGAACCUAUUAGAAGUUGAAGAGAAGAAACUAAUGAGCAUUAACCCCACGUACAAGCACAUAAUUAGUUAG